AUGGACCGCCCUCCACAGAUGCUGAUCACAAACUUUGAUGUCCUCCACUACCAUAUGUGCCACCGAACAGGACUUGCGUCGCUUCUGGGAACGGUCAGGUUUCUGGUUGCAGACGAGGUGCACACAUACUCGGGAAUCUUUGGCUCAAACGUGCACUAUGUGAUAAAGCGGCUGGGCAGAAUCGCCGCAGGAAUGCAGUUUGUCGCCGCGUCGGCCACGCUGGACAACGCGGCAGAGUUCUGCCGGCGGCUCUUCGGCACGGAGAUGAGGCAUGUCUGCGGCUCCGGGAGGAGGGGCAGCAUCGAGUUUGCGAUGAUACUUCCAACCCUGCGAAAGCGGAGCAGCCUGAUGGUGGAUGUGGCAAAAAGGCUUACACAAGGCAGGCACAGAACCAUAAUCUUCAACAACACGCACCGGAGCGUGGAGCUGUUUGCCAUGCAGGCAAAGAAUGCCGGCAUAAACAUCAUGGUGCACAGGGCCGGAUUGAACCCCGGGUACAGAAACCUGGUGGAGAGCGAGUUUCGCAGCGGGAGGCUGCAGGCCAUCUCCUCUACAUCCACACUGGAGCUGGGAAUCGACAUAGGCAGCGUGGACGGCGUGAUAUCCUCCCCGGUUCCAAUCAACCGGCUGAUGCAGAGGAUGGGCAGGGCAGCCCGGAAGGGCCAGCGGGGAUACGCGUUCCUGGCACUGGGGGACGACCCCAUCUCGCAGUACUAUGGCAACCAUCCGGGAGACUAUUUUACCGAUGUGGAGAAGGCCUACAUAGAUCCCAAGAACCCCUUCGUGGAACGGCUUCAGAUACUGGCCAUGGCCUGCGACAGGCCCAUCCGAGCAGGUGAGAUGCCGGGACACGAUGCGACGCUGCAAGAACAGGUACGGGCGGGAAACUUGCGGAGAGCAGGCAGCCUGUACGUGCCGAGCCGCAAGGCGCAAAAACUGCUGGGGGAGUACAACAUACGCGGAAUAGGCAGCUCGGUCUACAUCACGCUUGACGGCAAAAGACUGGGGCACAGGGCCCUUCCCGCCGCGCUUGAGGAGCUACACAGUGGAGCCAUCUACUUUCUUGCCGGAAGGAGAUACCUUGUCGCAGGACUUGACUAUCCCGACGGGAUGAGCGCCCGCCUGCAGAGGAUCCCAGAGGACCAUUCAUACUACACCAAGGCGCUGACCUCGGAGAGGCCCACGAUCGAUGACAUCUACGAGACGCGAAGCGUCUUUGGCAUGGAGGUUGCAUUCUGCGGACUGCGCAUAAGAAAGACCGUUGGCGGGUACCUGAAGAUCGCUCUGGGACAGGACGCGGAUCAGGGAGAGGCGGUCUCACUGGAUGAGCCCCUCGAGUACGAUCUGGUGACAAAGGGGAUCGUCUUUCACGCGCCAAGGCCGCUGGACUCGAUCGCAGAGUCCGAGGAUGCCGGGUACGUGGAGGCCGGCGGAUACCAUGCCGCCGAGCACAUCAUAAUAGAGGGGAGCAACAUGAUCACCGGCGGCGCCUCGAGGGAUCUGGGCGGCAUCUCCUUGGGCACCUCGGGACUCAUAUUCGUGUACGACGGGGCGGUGGGCGGAAACGGGGCCAGCUGGGCGCUAUACGACAGGCUGGAGGAGGCGCUGGCCCGAAGCAUGCGCAUAGCGGCAGACUGCUCCUGCAGCCACCGCAAGGGCUGUCCCAGGUGCACCUUCUCAUACCGGUGCGGAAACAACAACGACUUUCUCCAUAGGUGCUCUGCGCUGGAGAUACUGCGGCGCAUAAACGCAGGCGAACCGACCAAGCUCACGGCCCCCACGCAAGAUGACCGGGCGCUGGUCUAG